AUGACGGAACACGCAGUCGCAGACCUGGCGGAUACUGUCUGCUGGGUACUGGGAGAAAUCGAACACAUGAUAGACCCAGAUUUGCCCCCCCUUACAACACCAGAGCCACCUAGGUAUAUCGAUAAGGUGCCUCAGUGUCACAUGGAUGCGUGGAAGGACUUCCGUAAAUGGGUGAUAGCCGAAGUUCCGACCUGCGAUGCUCAGCCCAAGUUCCGUGUCAACGAGGAGCUGAACGAAAAGAUAUUCAUCGGUAACUGUGACAUCCUGCAGCUCGAGGUGGGCGCCACCGCCGUCUUCGUCGACGAGUUUAUGCCGCAUGCAUCAAGAACGGCGCGGCGCAUACAAACACAGUAUGGUAACGACAUCCCGUACGAGGAACUUGGCCGGCUGCGCUGCGGUGAUGUCAUGCUGCGGCGCAGCUAUAACAUCGGCAGCGAGCACGUGGUUUACGCCGUAUCACCGCGCUACUCCGCCAAGUAUCCGGACGCCUCCGCGAACAUUCUAAACAUGUGCGUACGCGAGACGCUCAAGGCCGCCAUCGCAGCAGGGGUGGACUCGGUGGCAUUCCCACUGGCCAUGGGCAGGGAGGUGACGUACCCAGACAGAGAGUUCGCAACUGCGGUCCUGCGAGCGGUCAGGCGUUGGCUCGAGGUGCCGAAGGUGGCAACCAAUAUCGCACGGGUUUUCUUCUUCGGAGUGGAUGAAGAAGCCUACCGCCUCAUGCAGCGCUUCUUCCCCAGGGACCAGACAGAAGAGAAAUUGAGCGCGGAGAUUUCGGACGCAGGAAACGAGUUCGGCGAAAUCGUCAAGGAGGAACGAAAUAUACGCAUAUCAGCGGGAUUACGAGGUGACAGCGUGGAGAGUGACGGCACCGCGGCCAAAACAAUGCACAUCAAUGCCCCGCUGGCCAACUUCAGCGGCAAUUGCAGAGUUGGCAGCGACAGGCAGCUGUCGGCCAAGGACUACGACUUCGACUAUUACUGCAGGCUCUCGCUCUCUCUGAUGCGGACGCCAGUCUACAGGGAAAUGGACACCAGCAAGUUUGCGUUGCUGCUCGGCCGCGACGUUGCGCAACGCCCGGUCAUCGCAAUAGACGCGGCCAGAAUGCCCAGCAGCAUCAGCAACACGCAUGCUGUCGCCUACGUGCUACGAAUCAUGCAGCCGAUCUUGCAGAACAAGUUUGCCAUGCUGCUACUCAACAUGGACAGCUCGCUCAUCGCGGCGGGCAGCGUGUGCUCAGUCGCAAGUCAGCUCUUCCAGGUGCUGGGCGACGUGCGCCUGGGAAACCUCGGGGUGGUGUACGUCCACCGUGCCGGGUGGGCCACCCGCGGAAUGCUGUACGUCAUGAUGGUUCUCCUCCCGGAUGCCGUCAGAGACUCAGUUACCUACGUCGACACCGCUGAGAGUCCGUCGCAACCUGCCACGGUCAUUUACAUAACUGAAUGCAUCACAAAAACAAGCGAAACUAAGCGACACAUUGCGACACAGGAGCUCAAGAAAUACAUCGAGCUCCCUAAUAACAACAAGAGGCAUUGA